AAGGAGGAUUUUACAACAAUAGCUGGGCUUGGAAUAGCAUGCCUGAUCGUUUAAACUUUUUGAAUUUUAUAGACGAUUUGAGAGAGCGAGAAGCCUUAUGUAACGCCACCGUCGUUUCCAAGGACGGGGCCUCUUUCAGGGUUCACUCGGCUGUCCUGAUGGCCUGCAGCGACUUUUUCAAGGCUGCCUUUGAAUUUGGCCCUCGCUCGGGAGCAAAAGGAGUUGAAAAGCCGAUCGUCCGCUUGCCCAACGUCACCGCGGACGUCUUGGAGGUCAUCCUCAGAUUCACUUAUUUAAAAGAAAUCGAGCUCAACUGUUCCAACGUGUGGAGAAUCCUGCUGGCCGCUGACUUCCUGCAAAUCGACCUUCUUAGCAGAGCUUGUUUCGAUUUCAUGGCAAAAAAUUUGUCCCUGCCUAAAAGCGUCAAGAUCAUUGAAAUGACCCAGGGAGAAAUUUACAUGCCGGAGGUGCAGCGAAUGGCUACUGCGUUUGUCUUGCACAACCUAUGCAAGCCGAGUUACCGACUGCGCGGUCAGCAGAAGGCGGCCCUAGCACAGCUGCGUCCUGAGACUCUCAUCCGACUCUUGCAGGACGACGCUCUGAACGCUGCCAGGGAGCAAUACGUGUGGCAGACCGUGGUCGAGUGGCUGGAAGAUGACCCCGAAAAGCGCACACAGCACUUGGACACGGUUGUCGUCGGCACAAUCCGAUUUGGCCUGCUGCCCAAAACUUUCGUUAGCCACAACGUUCUGGGUCAUCCAAUGGUACGAAGCAGCCCCGAGCUAGUGCGGAAAAUACAGGAGUUGGACUUGGCAGUGGACCAAGUGCUGUCGGCCGAGAUCAGCGCGGACCCGUCGGAGAUUCCAGUGGUGGUGCAGCCACGACUGCCCCAUACAGUGGUGCUCUCGGUCGGCGGUUGGGUCAACGGCGCUCCCUCCAACGAGAUGCAGCUUUACGAUAUCAACGCAGACGCCUGGGCUGAGGUUUCAGCGUUAGAGAGCAGCAACCCCGAUCAUACAAUGGCAUACCAUGGACUGGCACGGUUAGAAGACGACCUGUACGUGAUCGGUGGCACAGAGAGCGGCACAGACACAACUCGCUGCCUUAAACUCAGUCUGCGCACCUUUAAAUGGGAAGUGCUCGCGUCACUCAACCAGUCAAGGGAUUUCGUGAGCGUGGUGGCACUAAACGAGCGAAUCUACGCAAUCGGUGGUCGUUCGGAUCCGCACCACCAGCGCAACUUCUCAGCCGAGUAUUACGACCCGCUAACUAACAAAUGGUACCCCAUAGCACCGAUGCACCACUGCAGGUCUGACGCCGGUUGCACCGUCCACGCAGGCAAGAUUUACGUCGUGGGCGGAUUCACUGGCGAGACGGUGCUGUCUUCGUCCGAGGUUUACGACCCGCAGCAAAAUACUUGGGAGCUGUUGCCCGACAUGAUCACGCCUCGCAGCGGCGUGCGAUGCGUCACCCUACGAAAACACAUUUACGCCAUUGGUGGUUUUUCCGGCAGCGUUCGUUUAGCCAGCGUGGAGCGAUUUGACCCCGAUCGGAUGAUCUGGAUUCCCAUGGAGCCAAUGCUGACACCGCGCAGUAAUCUCGCCGUCGCCGUGAUUGGCGAUGAUAUACUUGCCGUCGGCGGCUACAACGGACGAUCAGUUGACGACGCCAAUGAGGUUUACAAUGUAUUUGAAGACAAGUGGUAUAGUUUAGAACCUUUACCGUCACCUCGCUCGGCCUUGAACAUGCUGACAAUCGAAGACGCUUCCAAUCUGGCGCUGCGUCUCUUAGGUCCGAAUCGUGCCUUGCCCAACAAUAUCACCACUGAUCGUGCCAUCCACCGGCCUGAAUACGGCGCUAUUUUGUCCCCAAACGCAGAACUGCCGGCUGGACAGCCGCACUAUGAGAUGGAGGACGAUGAUUCGGAGAGCUGGCAAGAUGCAUUGGACCCUUUUGGUCUGUCUCUUGUCGUGGUCUCAGACGAGGGUGGCAACUUGUGGGGUCCAGUGCGCUUCUUUGCCGAUAUGUUUGCCGACAACGAUUCGCAAGGGUUGGGAGAGGAGGAAGCUGAGUGGGUUGAAGAGGACGAUGAUGAUGAUUCUGACAAUGAUGACGAAGAUGAAGAAGACCAGGGUGACGUUGACGAGACUUUUUAAACAACGCGGCUCACGCUCAUUUUGACGAGAAUAAGGAAAUAAACUUUUGAAUCAGAUAUACUUUG